AAGUGUUUACUUUGUGUGUAGAAAAGCGGAAGCUAUCAUCCAUCAUCAUGCUCUUGAAAUGCACUUGGCUACUGCUCCUGCUGUUGUCCCUGAUGGCCGGUGCCUGGGCCAGCAGCUGUCCCUCGGGCUUCAGCGCUGAGAGCGAUCGGUGUGUCAAGGAGCGACCCAUCCACGGCACCUGUCCCCCGGGGUCCACCUACUUGCUCAACAUCAAUAAAUGUGUGCAUGCCUAGGGCCGUCAUUGAAAGGAUUCUUACAAUUGUUAUUGUUAUUAUCAAUGUGAACAUGAAUAUAUCUGCAAAAAUGUGAAAUA